AACAUAACUCAAGAAAUAUGUCAUUCAUUUUGACGUUUUUGCCUAGGAUAUCUUAGUCCCGCAAUUUUACAUCAAAAUUAAAAUAUUUGCUUGAAACGAGGCUUCUCUCGUUGAACGACAACAAAUACUUUACAGAACAAUCCCUACUCUUGACCAAUCAGCGACAAAAGGGGCGUAGACUUCGGCUCCGAACUUCGCCUUGCCUCUCGGAAAAAUCCCGUGUGCCCGAACUGCCGAAAAACACCUCACAGAUUUUCAAAACGAACAAAAACUUCACAAAAUGUCGUCAUGAUAUUUGCACGAAGUCUUCCGAACUGUUUUGGAUGGGAAGCAUGCGGACGCUGAAGCAUCUGUGGUUUGCAACCCAGUCUAUAUUGGGUUGUUGGUUAGGUUAGGGACGUCCCAAAGAGCCCGACUAGCACUAACCAUUUCAUCUGUCGCACUGCUAACGUUAGAUGCUUGAGAGUGACAUUCAACCGUUUGCUAGAUGUUGGAUUUGAACUUUCACCACGUGGCAUCGUCUGUAUUUUUCAUGUAAAUGUGACAAACUCUACUAAUUUCAUUUUAGUGUUUGUGACCACUCGCAGUGGCCAUACAUAUACUUAUGUACAUUAUUUUUUUGUCUCGCUGCCUAAAGGGGUGCGGCUGUCCGAGACUGUAAACAAUACGUGUACGCCGCCAACCUGGACGGGUGAACCAGGGAACAUACAAAACUACAGAGAAGAGGGACUCGCCCUGGACCCUCUGGCCACCUCGGAGUCAGAAUCCACCACAGUUCAGCAGCGGCCCUCUGACUUGGAAUAACAGCUAGCUAGCAAGGCAACCCAACUAAUUGAAAACGUUGCAAAUACCGCCAGACAGAGGAAGUUGUUGGAGGAUUAUCAAGGUACGCAUAUUUAGCCCAAUACUCAUCACACACACCCCUACAAGCCACCAUGGAGGAUGACCUGAUGUUUAGUAUGGAGGAGGUGGGCAGUGCUCAGCAUAACCCAAGGAAACAGAGAACCCCAGGUCAACAUGCUCCAUCCCUUAGCGAAGCUAAUGAUAGCGGUGAGGACGACUACUACAUCUGUCCCAUCACAGACGACCCUGUCAGCCAGGCCAAAGACAUCUGUGGCUAUCUGAAGAACCUGGUCCACAGCAAUCAGCUGUCCAACUCUCCCCAAAACUCCUUCAUGUACAAGAAUGAAACAGAGAAGGAAACUCCACAACAACGGUCAGUCGAGUUUGGGGCGUUAUCUGACAAUGGACGGGCAGCGUGGAAUAGAGCCUUAGAGAAGGCCAAGGCCAUGCCUGAUCUCUGGGCUGAGUUUCACCUGGAGGAAGUCAAGACGGAGCCAUGCAUACGAUACAGGUACAAGGCUAUCACAGCAGAGUGGUCUCAAGACACAGUGCACAUCAAGAUGUCUGGCCAGCCUUUUGGACGCGGUGCCAUGAGGGAAUGCUUCAGAACUGUAAACAAAAUGACAAGAAGGAAGAAGCUGUCUAACUUCUCCCACAGUAGUAACUGGAAGAGUGCGUGUAACUAUGUGACGAAGCGCUACAUGGAGCCUGUGGACAGGGAUGUGUACUUUGAGGAUGUCAGGCUGCAGAUGGAGGCCAAACUCUGGGGAGAAGAGUACAACCGCCACAGGCCACCCAAACAGGUGGACAUCAUGCAGAUGUGUGUGAUUGAGAUGAUGCAGCGUCCAGGUAAACCUCUGUACCACCUGGAACACUACAUCGAGGGGAAGUACACAAAAUACAACUCCAACUCCGGCUUCGUCAAGGAUGACAACAUCAGGCUCACUCCACAGGCAUUUAGUCACUUCUCAUUUGAGCGUUCGGCCCACCAGCUGAUCGUGGUGGACAUCCAGGGGGUGGGGGACCUCUACACGGACCCACAGAUCCACACAGAGAAGGGCAAAGGCUUUGGAAAUGGAAACCUGGGUGUGCGGGGCAUGGCGCUGUUCUUCCACUCCCACCUGUGUAAUAAGAUCUGUAAGAGUAUGGGCCUCACACCCUUUGACCUCUCCACUGCAGAGAAAAGCCAGCUGGACUGCACCAACAGACUGCUGAGGUCGGCCCAGACGGUACUGAGGGGUAGUGAGGAACAGUGUGGUUCAGCUCGUGUUCGUACCAUCUCAGUGGGCCGUGCGCCCCCACUUCUCUCCCGUCUGUCAGAGACUGGGGACAACACUAUAAGUGACUCCAUCCCCUGCUCGCCCCUCGCCUUCCCUGGCUCCCCCCUAGGACAGCACUUCUCUAUGGGCUCCAUGGGAAAGUCUCCUCUGGAUUGGUCUUUUGUAAAUGAGAUGGAUGAACGGGAGAAACACAACAACCGCAGCCACAGCCCAGAACACAAGGACUCAGAGAAUGGAGGAGACAGUGGGUGUCCAAGUGAGAGGAGGAGUGAAGGAGACCCCAACGACGGGGGACAUUACUCUUCUCUACACCAACACUCAGUCUUGCUGACAGAUGAGAAAUGGAGUGUCUACCACACUUCUCAUUCUCACGUCCACCGGCCAUCCUGUGUUGCUGUGGAGGUGGAGAGACUCGACUCCAUGAUCCUGGAGAGGAAGACCGGGAAGUCUAUCCUGGGGAAAGUCCACCUGGCGAUGGCGAAUUACCACGAGGGUGGUCGGUUCUGUGAAAAGGAGGAGCAGUGGGACCAGGACUCAGCCAUGUACCACCUGGAGACGGCAGCCAUGUGUGGGGAACUAGAGGCUAUCAUUGCCCUGGGACAGUGUUACCUACAGCUGCCACACCAUAUACUGUCAGAGAUUGAGCUAGAGGACAACUCAGGGAGCCGUAUGAAGGGUUUCAAUUUCCUGCUGCAGGCUGCUGAGGCAGGAGACAGACACUGUAUGAUCCUGGUGGCCAGGGCCUUCGACACCGGCAUCAUCCUCUCACCAGACAGGUCCCAGGACUGGAAGGAAGCGGUGAGCUGGUACAACUGUGCCCUGAACAUGACGGACUACGACGAGGGGGGCGAGUUUGACGGCAUGCAGGACGAGCCUCUCUACCUGCUGCUGGCCAGAGAGGCUGAGAUGUACCAGGAGGGGGGCCAUGGCCUGGACCGGGACCCACAGAGAGCAGGUGAUCUGUUCACACAGGCAGCAGACGCAGCCAUGGAAGCAAUGAAAGGCCGACUGGCCAACCAGUACUAUAUGAAAGCAGAGGAGGCCUGGGGCAUGAUGGAGGAAGAGGAGUAGGAGACAGAGGGGACGUCACUCUGCAAGGCCAAAGGAAUCGGCUAAUGUAGUGAUGGAUACUUCUCCCUAAUAUUUUAAAGUUUACAGACACUUUUACUGUGAUUUCCUAAAUGCAGUGUGAGUGUAUGAUCUGUGUGUGACCAUUUAUGCAGCUGUCCUCUGGCCUAACUGUGUUUCUUGGUGAUAACCGAAGGAAUUGUCUUUAUUUUACACUUUCUGUUUGUCUUUUCAUCUAUUUUCCCCUUUUCUAUUCCUGUCCCCAUUGCCCUUUUGGAUAUACAGUGUAUUCAGACCUCUUGACUUUUUCCACAUUUUGUUACAUUACAGCCUUAUUCUAAAAUGUAUUAUUUUGUUUGUUUCUUCUCAUUAAUCUACACACAAAACCCCAUAAUAACAAAGCAUAAACAGGUUUUUAGAUUUUUUUUUGCAAAUUUAUAUAUUUUAAAAAAGAAAAUGGAAUUAUCACAUUAACAUAAGUAGUGAGGACUUUGUUGAAGCACCUGAGUCUUCUUGGGUAUGACGCUACAAGCUUGGCACACCUGUAUUUGGGGAGUUUCUCCCAUUCUUCUCUGCAGAUCCUCAAGCUCUGUCAGGUUGGAUGGAGAGCAUCACUGCACAGCUAUUUUCAGGUCUCCAAAGAUGUUUGAUCGAGUUCAGGUCCGGGCUCUGGCUUGGCCACUCAAGGACAUUCAGAGACUUACCCUGAAGCCACUCCUGUGUUGUCUUGGCUGUGUGCUUAGGGUCGUUGUCCUGGUGGAAGGUGAACCUUGGCUCCUGUCUGAGAUCCUGAGCGCUCUAGAACAGGUUUUCAUCAAGGAUCACUUUGUACUUCGCUCUGUUCAUUUUUCCCUCUGCUGACUGAUCUCCCAGUCCCUUCCUCUGAAAAACAUCCCCACAGCAUGAUGCUGCCACCACCAUGCUUCACCGUAGGGAUGGUGCCAGGUAUCCUCCAGACGUGAUGUUUGGCAUUCAGGCCAAAGAGUUCAAUCUUGGUUUCAUCAGAGCAGAGAAUCUUGUUUCUCAUGGUCAGAGUCUUGGAGGUGCCUUUUGGCAAACUCCAAGCUGGCUGUCAUGUGCCUUUAACUGAGGAGUGGCUUCCGUCUGCCCACUCUACCAUAAAGGCCUGAUUGGUGGAGUGCUGUAGAGAUUGUCUCCACAGAGGAACGCUAGAGCGACCAUCAGGUUCUUGGUCACCUACCUGACCAAGGUACCCUUCCCCAGAUCUGUGCCUCGACACAAUCCUGUCCCGGAGCUCUAAGGACAAUUCCUUCGACCUCAUGGCUUGCUCUGACAUGUACUGUCAACUGUGGGACCUUAUGUAGACAGGUAUGUGCCUUUCCAAAUCAUGUCAAAUCAAUUGAAUUUACCACAGGUGGACUCCAAUCAAGUUGUAGAAACAUCAAGGAUGAUCAAUGUAAACAGGAUGCACCUGAGCGCAAUUCUGAGUCUCAAUGCAAAGGGUCUGAAUACUUAUGUAAAUAAGUUUUUAUAUAUAUAUAUAUAUAUAUAUACACAUUUACAAACAAUUCUGAAAACCUUUUUUCACUUUGUCAUUAUGGGGUAUUGUGUGGAGAUGGAUGAGAAAAAACGAUCCAUUUUAGAAUAAGGUUGUAACAAAUGUGUUAAGUCAAGGGGUCUUGAGUACUUUCUGAAUGCACUGUAUGAAUGUGGUUGCAAUUUAGAAGCAAAUUACUAAACUGAAAAGAAGUUUGAUUUCGUAAAAUGAACAUUUCAUGAACAAAUAGCUUUUGUUGACUUUGUUGGUUUUGCCUAUCACUUCUGUAUGUUAGUAAUAGACUUAUCGAGUGCACUUGUUGCAUUGUUUGCAUGCUUGUGUAUAAAUUAAUGCAUGGAAGUAGCUAUAUGUAAAUGUCUCUUUGGAAUAAAUAAACGUCUAUUGCAUUGUAAA